AUGACACUCGCUGAUAGAGGACGCGGAUUGAACGAAAUCAAAGCCGAACCUCGCCAUCAAGCUAAGGACGCACUUCUGCCUUCUGCUCCAAUCCAUCUCUCCACUCAUCCACCGUCGCUGACCUACGCGACGCCCGUCAAGGAGAUCCAUCUGAUCCCACUCCUUCUUGGUUCACUCCCAAAAGGUACAUUCUUCACGUGUCUUCUCUCACAAAAAAAUGUUUCUUCUUUCUGUCUUCCAUUUGACAUCCAUGCAACUUCAAGGCUUCAAUCAGGUUUCAUUAUCUUCUCCUUAUAUAACGAUUUCUUGAUUUUGUUUCUUCUACAUUCUACCCUAGCUCAAGAGCACCUUGUUUGGUGUGGAAUGGACAGUGUAUUGUUGUAUUGGGAUGAUAUGCUUCUGGCGGUGGGCCCUUAUGGAGAUCUGGUUCUCUAUCUUUAUGAUGAACCCAUUAUCCUUAUCCCAGAGUGUAAUGGAGCCAGGAUAUUGUCUAACUUAAACAUGGAGUUUCUUCAACGGGUCCCAGCUUCUACUAAAUCUGUCUUCAAGAUUGGGAGCACAUAA